CUUCUCGCUUGGGCCUGUACAAGCCUUAUCCGACUGUGCCGAACGAGAUAAUCAAGCCCCCGCGGAGUGAUCAUUCACUUUACUUUUUCUUCGUCUUCUUCUCUAUCUCUCCCCCUUUGUGGAUAGCAUUCGGCAAAUAGCCUCUGGCUCUACAGUCUCCCUCUCAGCCUUGACCCAAGUCAUGGAGACCACGCAGGUGUCCGCUGGCGUCUCCAAGCCAUCAUUCGCCAAGGUGGCCGCUUCUGCCUCGAAGGAGAAAGUCGCAGUUUCCAUGGCCCGUCGAGUUGCAGGACCCUCGUCGGCCCAACUGAACAAUAUGGCAACAGCAGCUUCCACACCUGCGGCAGACCCUUCGCCUACCGUCGCGAAUGGAUCCAAUACAACCAUCCAGACGAAUGCCAUCAAGUCACCAGUCGAAGGCGACGCUUCUUCUUCCUCUGGGAAAGCAGCAGCAGCCUGCGACCCCGUUGUGGAUGGUCUCAAGGAACUCAAGCUAGCCGCCCGAACGCCCAGUCUUGUUGUCAACGGCAGCGGGUCCAAUGUCACCGACAGAUCCAAAUCAGUAAAUAGGGAGGGGUCGGACGUCUCACAGAGGGCCGACUCCAGCUCAGAACUGGGCACGAAGCCGCCGAGUCUGGAUGGAAAGAGCAUCACCUCCGGGACGACAUUCGCAUUGGACGAGAAAGAGUCUCUUCGCCCCGAUGAUAGCGCCAGCGUCAAAGCGGCUGCCGCCGAGGAUGACGAUUCCUUCUCUUUUCGGGGACCACUUUUUCCCAAUUCGCGCAUGGGUUCGGACCUGGCUGCCCGGGCAAGAGGAAUCCAGCUCGGCGACAUGCCCGAGAAGCGGCUCCCCCAACCAAUGUCCGGAUCUCUAAGUCAGGGUGUCGCCACGCCCCAGAGCGCCUCAUCGGAUCAACCACCAAUCCCCAAGACGAACAUGGCCAAAAUCACUGAUCUAUCCAACUACAUGCAUGCUCUCCACGGCCAGCAUCCUGAUGAAAAGCUUCUCGACGCCAUGUCGUCCCCCAAAGACCGGCUAUUCCUGUUGCGGCUUGAGGCCGAACUCAUCAAGUUUGUUCAGAAUUCAAAGGAACCAUUCAUGGACUUCCCGCCAUCAAACUCGUUUUGUAGAAUGCUCACGCACAAGCUGGCCGACUAUUACCAUAUGACACACCAAUACGAGCCGCGCAUCGGAUCAGUUCGCAUCUUCCGAACACCUUAUGCAAGGGUCCCACCAUCUUUGGCCAGCAUCGGAGUCCCGGAACCAAAGGCCGAGGCAUUGGUUCCUGUUGUGCUUCCGAAGAAGAUAAUGCGGCGUGGUGAAGAGGGCGAAUUUCCAUCUGCAAGCGGUACGCCAUCUAAGGCAACGUCAGAGGUUGGCAGUAACGACGCAAAGGAGAAGACGGCCGCAGCGAACCAGAAGCUUUCCCGCGAGGAGCGCGAAGAGGCGUACAAGCAGGCACGCGAGAGGAUAUUUGGCAACUCGGACAAGAUAGAAGGGUCUCCAGACAACGAAGGAGAGAACGGCAUGUCUCGGACCAGUUCGCUUUCAGCAAAGGAGAAAUCCAACGCGAAUAAACGGAACAAGAACACGAAGCAGAGGCGGGAUGAUUCUGACUGCCUUGACUCGAGACACUUGUAUGGGCCUUUUGGCCCUCAACAGUCGUGGGUACCACAACCUCAGUUCGGUGGUCCUCCGAAUCCCCAGUAUAUGGGCCCCAUGCAGCAGCAACCAAUGCACCAGCCCUAUGGAAGCCAGAUGCAGGCUGUUUACGGAUCCCCGGCCCAGCCUUUCCCGGGCGCUAUGCCUGGGUAUCCCCCCUAUCCGAACCCACCAACAUAUCCGCCUCAGCCACAGCCCCCGCAACAACAACCCCCUCAGCCGCCUCAACCUAGCCAACAGCGACCACCUCAGAUAAGCCCGAAUCCUGUGGCACUUGCGUACGGAGCUCCUGCGCCUGCGGGACCUGCUCAAGGGUGGCAACAGGGCUACCCAGCGCCCAUGACUGGGCCCGCUUCCAUGACGGCUCCCGCUCCCACGACAGCGCCGUUCUCGCAGCGAGGGGUGUCAGGGCCCCCACCUCAGGUCAUCGUACCAUAUCCGUAUGGUCAGCUCCCUGCCAACAUCAACCCCCAUGAUCCAAAGAGCCAGCACCCCAUUCCAGGCAGUUACAACAGGCACGCCUUCAACCCAAAGACUCAGUCCUUUGUUCCUGGAGGAACAGCCCCUCUUGGCAUGAACCCCGGGCCCGGCCCGAUGCAGCAGCAGCCACAGCCGCAAUCGCCUUUCAGUGCCGCUGGAUCCCACCACAACAGCCCUCAAAUUGGAUCGCCGCACUUGGCAUACGCCGCGUACCAGCAGCAGGUCCCGCCUCCGGCUUAUGGCAUGGUUCGGCAAGGCUCGAACAACUCAAUCCCUCCAUAUCAUACCCCGCCGCAUCAUAUGGCGAUGCAAAGCCCUCUGCCUCAUAUACCUACUAAGCCCGCUGCGCCGCAGGGACCGGCUGGCCAGACAUUUAGUCAUUUGCCGCAAUACGGCAACCCGGCUACACUGCCGCAAAAGCCGAACACGUCCAUUUAGACAAGCAAAGCGUACAUGCUGGUGGGUGGGAGGGGAGGGAUGUCAAGGAUAUACUUAUCUUGG